GGUCUAUGAUAUCUGUUCUAUACUUACCUUUGGACUGUCCUUGCACUACAAAUGGAUCAUUUGUUCAAAACUUCCACCAGUCCUGCUCAAAUUGUGCAUAAAUCUUUUGUUUAGCUGGACAGCUAAACAUGAUGAAAGCAUAUUAAUUCCUAAGAACUUGACAAUGAUCUUUUUUUUUUUCUUGAAUUGUUUUUAUAUGUUUCAACUUUUCAUGCAGGAGAUAAGUUGUAAAAAUAAGAUAAGAUGUAAAUACUUCAACUGUAUGCCUCUUGCAUAUACUAUGUUAGCUUCAGUCUGUCUGUUGACUGGCCUCAGAAGUAUCAGUCCUGCCAUACUUGAAUCUCUGCAGCCAAUUCAUAUUUAUCCUUAUUAAAGUUUCUUUUGCUUUGUCUAAAGGAUGAUAGAGGCAUUUUAGUUCUAUCCCAUUUAUUUCCCAAAUGGGACACAGCGUGACUCAGUCCCUCUGGCUUCUAUAGCAUCUCAUUAAGAGACAGCCUGAUGUUUGUGACGUGAUUGUUGGUUGCUUACUUCUACUUUUUAAAUUCCAUCUGAUUUUGUUUCUGUUGUUGUAGUUUGGUUUCUUUGUGUUGUGUUCUUUUUUAUUCCUGCUCCUGUUCAAGUAUUUCAGUUUUAAGUAAAGCAUGCCUUAGGCAACAUUGUCUAGGGUGAGGCAUCACUGCCCAUGGCAGGGGGAUUGGAACUAGAUGAUCUUAAGGUCCUUUCCAACCCAAACCAUUCAAUGAUUCUGUGUAACAAUUUCACUCCUUAUCAUGACUGGUUUCAGAACUUCAGAAACUGAGUCCCAUUCCCAGACCUGCAUGAAAUUAUGUGGUUAAUGAACUUAUCAAUGACUUCAUUUAUACUGAAGUCAAUGAACCACUGCAGCUCUUAAAGGGCCUGGUGUGAUAUGGUCUGCUACAAAUGCAGAUAGGCAACACAGGGGCUUUGGGAAUACCUUUCGUGUCAGAUACCUGGAAGUCCUUUACAGUGAUGUAUGUACCCAGUUUUAGCCUAGCAGGACAGUAUCUGAAGGAUGUCUUAUUCCAGACACCUACUGUGACUCAUCUGCCCAUGAGUUCCUUGCCCUUUGUUCCUUUUAUAGUUGGUUGAGAAAGAUGAAUAUUUUGGCAGCAUGAGCCUGGAGUGGAUAUCUAAAGUACUUGGAUGACUCUGCCCUAAAAAUGCCUAUUCUGCUCUAGGCAUAAUUUUUAUUAAUAUACAUUAAUUUCCUUUGUACUUGAGUUAAAUUGCUCUUUUUCUGCCUUGCACCUGAAAACACUGAGAGAUCUUUGAAUUUUAUGCCAAUCUGCAUCUUUUUAUGACUGAAGUGAUGCCUAUGACAAGCAGUCACUGCUAAUUCUUUCUUCUGUCCAUUUUCUGAAGUGAUCUUCUUCCUAACAUCAGCCUUACUGGAAAUCAUUUACCUAUGUAGGUUCUGUCACUGCUUUCUCAUAACAGUAUUUUUAACUAGACACUGCAGGGAACUUGUACGCUGGGGUAACAAGUUAGUGCUGACCCCUUUCUUUCCUGUGUUUUUUUUUUAACUCCCUAGAAAAAGGCCUCUCUUUGCUUGGGUACCAUCUGUGCAACUACAGUCUGACCAGAAAUGUGGUUAAAAUGGUUGCCUACCAAAAGUCCUAUGAGAAAAGCACUUCCUGUGGAGGAUGGAUACCAUGGAUGGUGUGUCCCAGGAUGUACUAUAAAAUGCAGUAUCAUGCUGUUGAAGUCCCUGAAACCGUCACUCUUACAGAUUGCUGUGAAGGGUAUGAACAAGUUGGACUCUACUGCUCCUUAGCACUCAAUAGAUCCAGUGUAUUUGCCUCAAGACCUGGUGCUUGUCCAAAGGAGAAUAUGGAAACAUUGGAUUAUCCUUGCACUUUUGAUACUGAAUGUCCAGGGCUUAAAAAAUGCUGCAACUCUUCCAUAGGAGCAGGCUGCGUGGAUCCAGUGCCAGAGGGAAGUACAUUCUGGUACAACGUGACAGUGCUUGUGAAAAUGGAUUUUGAUGAAUUAAUCAGAGUGGAUUCCCAUCUUUUGAAUCAUUCACGCCUUUUGCACUCCAUGAUUACUGGUGCAUUAGAUCCCUUGAAUGCCUCCGUACACCAUAUCCAGAGUAACCAUGCAGAAGUAUAUGCUGGGACAGUGGCCUCCCAGGUUCUCAUUGGACUGCAUCAGCCAGCUCCGCUCAUGCAAGUUUCUUCUUCCUUGAAGGACAUCGUGAAGCGUAUAUAUGAAGUGAUUGAUACCGAAGUGCAAGAUGUCAACGAAUGUUCCUAUGUGGGAUUCAAUGCUUGUCCUGAGAAGAACACCUGUGUAAAUCUGGAGGGUUAUUACAGCUGUGACCCUCAGCAUGGGCAUGCAGAUGUCAUUCCUCACCAGCUGAGCAGAAGAAAGGAAGGCAUAGCAGCAUCUACUCCAAGUUCAGCACUGAGUCCUGUUAACAUGAGCAAUAGCUCCCUGCCUGUAAGCAAUUCAAGUCUGUUGUCCAUAACUAACCAACCUACAGAUGCUGGGUGCUAUCCCUCUACAGUUAGAAACCACCGAGUCUUCAGUGUCAACAGCAGUGGUUUUGAAGUGUCCUGGCAUGUCACUUCUACUCUGAACCAUACUUUCCAAGUCCAAGUGUUCAAGGGCAAAGAGAUUGUACAAAACCUGAAGACAGAGGAAAUGAAAGUGUAUGUGUCUCAGCUGGAAGCAGGUGUGAUGUAUUCAGUAGAGAUCAGCUAUGAAACCUGUGGAAAAACCAGCAUCUCUCGUCAAAAUGUUAAAACAGAAGCCAAGGUGUUUGGUGUUACUAUGAGGAUUCUCAACUACAACUUCACUGAUGAUUUCAAGAAUGCCAGCAGCUCAGCAUAUGAAGAAUUUUCAAGACUGCUGCUUAUGGAGCUUGAAAAUUCAUUUCCACCCAAUGUUUCUGCUUUAUACAAAUCCGGGAAGCUGAAAGUGCAGGUGGAAUCCCUGCAAGCUGGAAGCAUCAUUGCGAGGCUCAGAAUCACUGUGCAGGAUCCCGAGUUUCCAGUUGAUGCCUCCACAUUUGCCCUGGUGUUUUCUUACCUGCGCAAUGGCUCAGUGCUUUUGGUGGAUCAGCAGAACACUACAGUAGAAGACUGGGAUGAAUGUACUUCUCGUGUGGAGAAUGACUGCUCUGUGUUUGCUGAGUGUAUCAACCUGAUGGGCUCAUACACGUGCAGAUGCAAGACAACCAUGGAUACCAACCCAUCCCGACCUGGAAGAAACUGUGAGGGUGAGAUUGUGGACCCUCUCACUGAAACAGUGGCUCCUGAAAUAGCAAACAGCACAGAGUUUGCUCCUGAAGAAGUAAGCUCUGCAGACCCUGCUUCCCCUGCCACCACAGAGAUGGUGGCUGCUACAGGCUCUGAGACCAGCACUGCAGUACACCUCCCUGCUGCACUGUCCCCAGGUGACGAGCAAGCACCCCAUGGUCAUUCUCCCACCAGUGCUCCUCCAACCCCUUGGAAAAAAGGCCUGGCAUCACAGAUGCACCUCAGCAGGGACAACAGCUCCACGGCCACGGGGGCCACAGCCAGCACGGAAUUGGCCAUAAGUCCAUCACAGCAAAGCUCCAUGGCAGAGACUUCCCCUGGUGCAUUGCAGCAGGUGGCUGCUCUCACAAAUGCACCCAUGGGCACAGUCGGGCAAGGGCAAUUCAGUUCGUCAUUGCUGGUGUUUCCAAAUCGAACAGCUACCACCAGAAGUCACACAGCUUUUGAUGAGCCUCAAGCCAACUCUGAAGAUGGCCCCAGUGCAGCUCUGCUGGCCAUAGGGGAUGCCAGUGUUCCCACUGCCAACACCACUAUAAAAGCAUAUGCAGAGAUGGGAAGAGAGAACACCUCUUGGUCAGAAAAACAUCCUGAAGCCCUGGGGUCACCAGCUUUGCCAGGCACCUCUCCAGCUCCCAGCCUGACACCAGUCCUAGCCAUGAACCGCACUGUCCAGAAGCUUAGUGGCACAGUACGGAUAACAAAUGUGAAAUACUCUCUGGGCUUUAGCAAUACAAGCAGUGAGGAGUAUCAAACCUUUGCACACCUCUUUGUUGAUAAACCCCACUUCAUCGACCAUUAUUUUAAUAACCGAGGGUGUGACUGCUCUGCUGUGGGACAAGGAACAGCUCUUCCCACGGGUGGCUGCCCUCCAAAGGUACGCAGCCUUGGAGGGCGGAAAGGGAAGAGGUUGAACACACGGCUCCAGUCUUUUUAUCUCUUCAAGGUGGGUUGGUGCCUCCAUCUGAGCUGGGUGGUGGAGAGGCUGAGCAACCCAACUAAUGCAAAGUCUCACGAUGGGCUGUGUUUUCCCAUCCCGCAGAAAGCAGGGACUAUCCUGUUUUCCCCUGUGGUACAUAAAUCUCUGCCCCCUGAAGUUCUUCAGCAGAUGGAUGCUGGUCUGAUUAAAGUGUUGAUAACGGGUAUUACUAAUGGGAGCACAGUGGUAAGUUUCAAUUUACUGAUUGCAGAAGAUGUGGAUAUCUACUACAUCAUCACCACUUUUCAUGAUGCCUUUGAACACAACUCCUAUUUCACAGUUGACAAGAGCAGCCUCUCCAUAAACGAUUAUGAUGAGUGCGAGAGUGAAGAAGAUGACUGCUCCCCAGAUGCCUCGUGCCAUAACACACUUGGGUUCUACCAGUGCAGCUGCAAUGAAGGAUUUGCUGAUGUGCACCCAGAAAAGCCUGGAAGAAUCUGUGAAGGCAAAAAACUAUCUAAUUAUCUAAUGGACACCUGUAAAUUACAACAGAACCUUUAUUUUUGGCAUUCUUCAGCAUUUCCUAUCAGCCUGAAGGCAACAGCGAUGGAUGAGAAACCUGUACGCAGCACAGUUUUACCUGCGACAUCUUUGCAAACUUCAACUCAUGCUCCUUCCUCUACUUCAGUGGACCUUACUACUGAGCACAAAGGUCUGGAGGACACCACAUUCUCCAGUGUGGUGCUGCCUCUUCUCACCAUGGAUCCUGUGUCAACUCCUGGUGUUUCUCCUCAAGCAUCUCCUGUUUCCCUCGUUAAACCUGCCCAGGAGGUUUCCAUUAAAGAUGCAGUGGAAGUGUUUUGUGGAAUCGAGAAGAUUGUCCUUGCCAUCCAGAAGAGAUUUUUACAGCAGGAGUCUAUUCCUGAAACCUCCCUGUACCUGGGGGAGCCUCGCUGCAACGUGAGCCUCAGCAAUGGCACUCACAUUGUGCUGCAGGCAGGCUGGCGUGACUGUGGCACUGAAGUUGAGACUAACAUGACUAAUACAGUAGUGAAAACCAUCCUUCGGAAUGAUGGUUCUGCUCAGGGAGUAAUCCACCACUUAAAAGUUGCUAGCCCCAUUCUCUGUGUGUUUCAAAAUGAUCUCUUGACUUCCUCUGGAUACACUGCAGAAGGACUUUACACCAUCUUUGAGGAUCUGCAUGGAUCUGGACACUUCAGAACAGAAAUGCAGUUGUUUAUUGGAAACUCCCCAAUACCAAAAAAUUUCAGCAUCUCUGCCAGUGAUGAUGUGCUGAUUGAAGUGGGAAUCCAGAGAGCAGACAGCAAGCUCAAGGUGGUCCUAACUGAUUGCUGGGCAACUCCAACUAAUAAUUCAGUGGAUCCCCUCUCAUUUGUUUUUAUCAGCAACAGCUGUCCCAUCCCAAAUACAUACACCACACUGCUAGAGAAUGGGAAUUCAAGCAAAGCACAGUUUAAGAUGAAAAUCUUUUCCUUUGUCAACAAUUCUGUGGUUUACUUACACUGCAAAAUUCGUAUUUGUAUGGAGAGACCAGGAAGCACCUGCAGGACAAGAUGCCGUGCAGUUCGACUCAUGAAGACUGGUGAAACCAUCGCUACGCACAGAACAUCUUGGGGACCCCUAUGUAAAUCAGCUGGAUCUGAUUUGAAGAGACAGAAGGAGGCUGCCAUGGGAGUUGGAUACAUCAUCCUCAUUGCCUUUGCUGUGUUUGGCGUUGUGCUGGGAAUUGUGAGCCUUCUCAUCUUCACAUACCAGAGAAAGACGGGAAGAUACAACUUCAGAAUCAAGUCUGACAACUUCAGCUACCAAGUGUUCUACGAUUAGUGAUUUCCAGAUUACCAGAUUUGUAUCACGUCUCAUCACAUGAAGAACUGAAGCUUGUCUUCAUUCAGCAUUUGGCUUUCAUCAUGCUUCACAAUGGUGGUCAUGACUAUUUACAGCACCGACUCUUCUAAACUAAUGUUGUAUAUAAAAAGCUUCAAUCCAUCCUUUUUUUUACUUAUGUAUUUGUUAAUCUGGCUCUUCCCUGGUGUCCUGAGAACUAUUUGUCCCUGCAGCUCCAGGUUGAAGUGAAUUUUGGCAGGUUUUGUUAAGGAUAAAAUAGAAGGGAAAAAGAAAGACUUACUAGUUCUCUAAUCAAGUUCCAAUAUUUGGCUCUCCCACUGUGCAAUGUUACCAUGUGCUCAUCUUGACAUCACUUGUGCCAUUACUACUGACAAGCUGCAUGUUUCUAUAAAUAUUCCAGGAAGUAAAUCAAAAAACCCUUAGAGAGACUUCCUUUUCAGUUUGUAAUUCACUAUUUACUUAAGGUGAGGUUGAAACUUCGAGAUACAGCUUCAAACAUUGAAGACCUAAUUGUGCAAUUCCUUAAGCAUACAGAAGCUGGAGAGCAACUAUUGGAUUUGCCACCAGAUAAAGAAAAGGCACCAUGAAUCUGAGGCUUAACCUAUUCAAGAGUGUUCUUCAGCAUGAGUUUUGAGAUUUGAAUGUAAAUUCCUUUAUUAACAAGGACUCAGUGAAAAAAAAAUAGAAAAAAGAAACUAUUUUUGUUACUGGCAGCCCCAUUUUUGCAGAUAUGUCAAUAGGUACCUACAUAUUCUGUUUAAUUACACCACAAUCAUUGUGCAGUCAAACCACAGAGUAUGGUGCCCGCCUGAGUGAGAGCACUCCAAUUGCAACUGAAUUGGAGUUAUAAAUUUGAGCUGAAUUUUGCCUAGCUGCAAGAUCCUACUGUUAGAGCAGCAGCACAGAUUCAGUUUACAUGCUCCACUGGUUACAACAACAGUCUGCUCAGCUGGAUAAACUGGAAUACAGUAAGCAUCUCUGGCAGGACUCUUUCCUAGGGCAUUGCUCUUCACUCUCUUAAACCUUCCAGCUCCAACCUUGGCUGCUCCAAACCUCCACUUCAGUGAGUGUGUUAGAAGACUGGAGAGUAAAGCAGUGUGGUAACUUGUCCCCACCACCCCUUGAUUCUCACUGCCACAUGCACUCCUACACAGUGACAGAGUCUGCUAUGUCUGGGUCAUAUGUAAUCCAGUGGUUUACACUAAACAAGCUAAUUCCUCUAUAAGUUCAAUGGACACCAUUAUAAAUACAUCAUGUGGAAAUUGGUCAUUAACUUGAAUUCACAAAUACUCUUAGUAGCUAUAUCUCAUAUUUUGGAUACUGUUGUUUUUUGUUGGUGUGUUUUUUUUCUAUUUUGGUACAGAAUAGCAUUAGAAAGCUGCUUUUUUCACACGUCACCCCCUCCACCCCCCAGUCCAAUUUCUGCUAGCUAUUAAGAUUACUGGGUAAAGGACUUCUACAUUUUGCAAAAGGUUGUACUGAUUUAUCUUUGGUUAUAUAGAUACCUUUAAAAUAUAUCAAUAAAUUUCAGAAUAAUAAUUUGCAUUCUGAUUUUGAUUCAAGUGAAUCUAUAAGGAACAGAAAACUUUGAGCUGUCAUUUCUUUGCUGAAAUGCCAGAUAUCAGAUCCUGAUAUAAAAAAAAGUUCCAUUUGGUUUCAAAUUAUUAAUGAAACUGCAAAUUAUCUUUGCAAUCUCAGAGUGUGAUGAACAUAACCACUAGCUUUUGAUUAUGUAGGUGUCUCUUAACUUUUGCUCAAUUUGCUUUCAAAUAUAUAAUGUGUUUGCCUUCUGGACACAGUGAAAGGAGAAGCUAUUUUACUACAAAUAUUUUUCUAGUUUUUAGUACUUACAGUCCUGAACUGUUUGAAAGUGACAGGACUAGAGAUUUGCCUAUUGAAUUCAGCGGAGCUAUGCCAUUUACAAAAGCUGAGCCCUCGUCUUCAGGAUGAAAUGCAAAACUGUAGCUUGUCUUUGGUACCCUCUAUGCUCAGCAGAAACUGCUAUUGUGACUGAGUCUGUUUAGCAGAGUUUUGGUGUCUUAAUAAAAGCAUUGCUGUAA